GGAGCAUCAAGCCCCCCAAAGGCAGGUCGACUAGCUGACUAUAUACACGUUGAGCCUUGACAUCGAUCUGCAGAAUUGUCUGCGACUUUACACCUCGAUCAACAUAGACUCUCCGGCUUCUUAGCAUGGCAGGAUUCUCGCGAUCCAGCGCCCCUGACCGCUCAGCAUAUGGCCGAGUCGGCGCAGAUAGUGCCGACCGGUAUGCCUACGGAGGCGGCGAUCGCUCAGCCUAUGGCACCGCUGGCACGGGUGCUGACGGCGGUGCUGGAUAUGCGACAUACUCUUCCUCAAGAACUGCAGGUGCCGGCGCUGGUGCGCCCGGUGCCGGCUACGGUCAGGCUGCGCUGCCGCCGCCGCCGCCCACACGCAAGCCCGUAGGUGCAGGCUAUGCCUCCUCGGGCUACGCAGAUGACAAGGCAGCAUAUGGUGCUGGAGGUGGCGCAGGUCGAGGAGGCUGGACCAUCGUCGUCUCGCCGCCUGAACAUAUCCUUUCGAACGCCAUCGUUGUCAACCCCCAGGAAUGGGGUGGAGUGCAGUACGUUCUCGUCGAUCAGCACUUUGUUUUCACAGCAGUCGCCGAUCGCACACGGGCCGUUCAACCCGGCACCAUCGGAGCAGGCGCGCUGCAGCGCGAGUGGGCAAGACUGAGUCAGGGGCAAGAGGUAGCCGUGCAAGCGUUCGAUCCUUACUCGCAAGGCAAUGGUAUCUACCUUGCAGGACUUGACUUAGAGGUAGAUUUCCUCGCACGUGGAGCCGAGAACAGAGAGCCUUAUAGCCAGGAUGAAAUGGCGGAGAAUUUCCUUCGGUCAUUCAACGGUCACAUCUUCUCGGUAGGACAACUGAUCGUGCAAGAAUUCCACGGCGUCAAGUUGAAAUUAGAGGUGAAAGGCGUAAAUGUCGUCGAGGCAGCACAACUACAAGCCAAGAAUGCUGCCCAGGCACCAGGUCACACUUCCUACCGUGGUAUCCUUAUGCCUGAGACUACCAUCACAUACCUCAAAUCGAAAAAGAGCAUUCUCAAGCUCACGGGAAGCGCCAAGCGUGGACCCACGAACGCUAUACUCGCGCCAAACUUCAAAUUCGAGGAUAUGGGCAUCGGCGGUCUUGACACUGAAUUUGCCGCCAUCUUCCGACGUGCGUUCGCCUCACGCAUCUUCCCGCCUGCGCUCGUCGACAAGCUUGGCAUCCAGCACGUCAAAGGGAUCAUCCUUUAUGGGCCACCGGGUACGGGUAAGACUCUUCUGGCGCGCCAGAUUGGCAAGAUGCUCAACGCACGCGAGCCAAAAGUCGUCAAUGGCCCCGAAAUCCUCAACAAGUACGUCGGUGCCUCGGAAGAGAAUAUCCGGAAGCUCUUCGCGGAUGCGGAGAAGGAGUACAAGGAAAAGGGAGAUGAGUCGGGCCUGCACAUUAUCAUCUUUGACGAGCUGGACGCCAUAUGCAAGCAAAGAGGCUCGACCGGCGGCGGCACGGGUGUCGGUGACUCGGUCGUCAACCAGCUACUGUCCAAGAUGGACGGUGUCGACCAAUUGAACAACAUCCUCAUCAUCGGCAUGACGAAUCGGUUAGACAUGAUAGACGAGGCCCUCCUGCGUCCCGGGCGGCUCGAGGUGCCUGUUGAGAUCAGCUUGCCAGACGAGCAUGGUCGCCAGCAGAUCAUCUCAAUCCAGACGAGCCAGAUGCGCAAGAACGGCGUGAUGGACUCGGACGUGGACAUUCCUGAGCUGGCAGCGCUCACGAAGAAUUUCUCAGGCGCAGAGAUUGCAGGUCUCGUCAAGAGUGCCACAUCGUUUGCGUUCAACCGCCAUGUCAAGGUCGGCACCACUGCGGGCAUCUCGGACGACGUGGAGAACAUGCGCGUCAAUCGCGAUGACUUUAUGCACGCACUGGACGAGGUACAUCCCGCCUUUGGCGUAUCGGAGGAGGAGCUGCAACAGGUCGUCUCGAACGGCAUCAUGCACUUUGCUCCGCACAUUGACUCCAUCCUCCGCGACGGCCAGCUACGUGUCGAGCAGGUACGGACCAGCUCGCACACACCGCUCGUCACCGCGCUGCUGCACGGCCCGCCUGGGUCCGGCAAGACGGCCCUGGCAGCCACAAUCGCGAUGCAGUCGGGUUUCCCGUUCAUCAAGCUCAUCUCGCCGGAGAAUAUGGUCGGCAUGGGUGAAGCGCAAAAGAUUGCGUAUAUGAACAAGGUAUUCAACGAUGCGUACAAGUCCCCGCUCAGCGUCGUCGUUGUCGACUCGAUCGAAAAGAUUAUCGAAUGGGUCCCGAUCGGCCCGCGCUUCCAGAACGCCGUCUUGCAGGCUCUCUCUAUCCUCCUUGGCAAGAGGCCGCCAAAGGAACGACGACUGCUCGUCCUUGGUACGACUUCGAACAAGCCGAUGCUGGCCGAGAUGGAAGUAGCCGAUGCUUUCCUCGCGGACAUCCGUGUGCCGGCUAUCUCUUCGCUGCGCUCCUUGGACCAUGUUUUGCGGGAGAUGCGACUGUUCGAGAAUCCGCAAGAUCACACUCGCUGUAUGCAGCUGCUCGAGAGCGCGGGACUCGGCGAAGAUAGAUUGCACAUCAGCAUCAAGAAGCUGCUCUCCGAGAUAGAGAUGGCACGCCUGGAUGAUGACCCUGCUGACAAACUCCUGGCAGCGCUCAAUCAAGUGUAAUCCGCACGAGGGAAACCACACGAAUAGAAAACGGACAUCAUGUUCGCUGGCUAGGGAUGAGCCGAUACGUAUGCUACGCAAAAUAACGCCCGUGCUUGCAAAGAUUCUUAAAAGUACAGUCUUCAUCUACAAAAGCGCGGCUCGGGCGGCUAAAUAAUCACGGAAGACAUAUUCGCAGCGCAGGUCAAUUGUUCUGGCUGAAUGAAUGUCCACACUUGGGACAAUCGUAGAAGACGGUGCUGCCUUCGUCUGCACUCCGCAACUGAAGAGUGUGGAAUUGCAGCUCGUCGUGCCCGCACUUGGGGCACUUUUCAUUGAUAGUGGCUGCUUUCUCGCGCUCGGCUGCUUCGCUGGGGUCGCCGAGCGUGGAGACGAGCUGCCUUUUUUGUCGUAGAG